AAAGGUGUGAUAAAGGCGUAUUUUAUCUUACAACGAUAGACUGCGAGCUGUUAUUGAUAUUGCAAAGAGGCAGAAUUUUCGGUACUUUACCGCCAUUUUUAGAAAUAACAUGGCGACAAAAAUAGAUAAAGUUUUGCUGUGUGUUUUGCUUAUAACUUUUGGCAUAAAAGGGCCCAUUUCAGCUGAAAAAUAUGCACAAACGAAUGGUAACAAUACUGGAAAGACUACUGCUGCUUCCAGUAGUAGCAAUGCCGCAAAUACUACUACCACUACUCCACUGCCUUCUAAUAGCACUGCCGAGUCCCGAAACAUAACUGGAUCUACUAACGCUACUACAGUGCCUGCGACCAGCCCAACUGCAUCUCCUAACAUCACUACUUCAUUACCUUCUAACAGCACAACUGGAUCGCCUAACACUACUACAAUACUUUCUAAUACCACUACUUCAUUACCUUCUAAAAGCACAACUGGAUCUCCUAACACUACUACAAUACUUUUUAGUACCACUACUUCAUUACCUUCUAACAGCACAACUGGAUCUCCUAACACUACUACAAUACUUUCUAGUACCACUACUUCAUUACCUUCUAACAGCACAACUGCAUCUCCUAACACUACUAAAUCUUCCAGCAGCACUACUGGAUCUCCUUACACUACUACAAUACUUGCCAACACCACUACUUCAUUACCUUCUAACAGUACAACUGCACCUCCUACCACUACUUCAUUGCCAUCUACCGGCACUACUGAGGUACCGAGCAGUACAAUAACUACUUCAGCCAAGCCUACAACUUCAACUUCCAUUCCUCCAACAAAAAAGCCCCCCAUGCCACCAGGUACGGUGGCUGCUAUUGUUAUCGUGGUCAUUGUGGUGGUAGCUUUGAUUGGAAUUGCCAUUUACUGGUUUAUGAAAAAAAGACACGGAGAAGAAGACAGGACACCUCUUACGAGAGGACUGCCAACAUAGAAAAGAAUUUCCAGCGAAUUCAAAUUAAAACUGGCAAUGAAAAAAAAAAUUAAUGCACUUAAGUUAUCUGUAUCGCAAAGCUGGACUAUUUAUAUUUGUUUUAUGUAUAUUAAUGUGUAAAAGACUUUUCAUUCUUAGAUAUAUGUGUUUAAAUGCAAAUGCGUAAUAUACUGAUUAUAAAAUACUGACUUCGGCACUGAAAACGGAGGUGACAGUUAAUAUAACCAUUUUUUUCUUUUGAUAGUCUUACACGAUUAAGUGAAAAAGAUGAAACUUCUUUAUUUGCAUUAAAGGCAUUUCUUCUUGUAUCAUAAAUAAAUUAAUGUAAAUAAAUUCUAAAUGUAAUAACUUCA